AUGACGAUGACGACGACGACCACCAUCGCCAGCAGGCACACUCCCGACGCCCUGGCGUCGCCGCCCGCCACCCCCAUCAUUACUGCCACAACCCCCGCAGCGACAUCUGCCACACCUUCAAAUCCAACCACCGGCGAAGAUCAUAAUGACACCCCGACAACCACCGCCACCACCACCACCACCACCACCACCGCCGCCACCGCCGCCGCCACCACCACCACCACCGAAAAGGUGGACUUGUGCCCAAUCUGCCCACACUGA